AUGAAUCCGUAGCGUAAUGUAUACCUCAGUGAUUGAGAACCAAAAACUCAGUGCUCAUCAAAUUAAAAACACGAGGUUAACCAGUCUAGUUCUGUUGUCAGAUGAGGGCGCCCUGUGGUCACGGAUUAACAAGGCGGAAUGGCGACUCCUCUGUUUGUUCGCUCUUUAUAUCAUUAGUCCCUGUGAAUCCGAGAGGCACGAGUAAUUAGAAGGCGCGAUGAUGUAUGUAGUGUUAGUCCGCGUGUCGCACCGAGACUAGGCUGUGCAAACAACGAGACGGUGCUUGCCGCCAGUGGUCCAAUUCACUCCAUACGGGUCCGAAUUCCUCGUAAGGGUGACGCUGAGCCUGCCGGGGGUUUGUCCCUGUACUACAAAGUACUACAAAGAAUGUUGACCAAUUCAACUUCAGCGACUGGCCUACCCAGUGGUCAUCUUGCCAGCCAGCCAUAGCCAACUAGCUAGCCAAUACAGUCGCCAGUGAGACGUCCCUGUCCAUAAGCUCUUACAGAUACCAAGCCACCACUCUCCCCCGUCCAAGGUUCUACUCGUUAAGGCAACAUGGAAGUGGGGCAGUAGCCAAUCUGUUGGCCGUUCAGUCGGCCAUUAACCAAUCAUAGAGGGGACGGAGCCAGCCAGCUAGCCACCGAUCAGUCUGCCAUUCGUAAAGUGCCUGGCCGCCAAUAGGUCAACCAAGACCAGGUAACAGUGAGAUAGCAGUGUUGAUUAAAUCAUUGUCAAGAGCUGGAACAGUUAUGUUUUGUUUGUGAAGGAAGCAUGUCUACCAGUACAUGAUGAAGCUUUGGGUCCAUCAAAAAAGCUUCUGUGAGGAGGAGCUGAUUCUCAAUCCGAAGGAAUUUCCCGGAAUCCAAGUAGGGGACAUCUUGGAGAUUUACCAUCCGGACGAGAACAACAGCCACCUCCUGCUGCAGGUCAAGACUCUAAAGAAUGUGGAGUUACCACAGAAGGACAUCAUCAGUGUUGAUCAAACCAUUGCCAACCUCUUCCAGCUGCGAGCCUACAAGGAUGUUGCGGUUAGCUUCGUCUCGUCUCUCCAGGACGUGGGUCUGGAUCUGGUGGAGCUGGUGUUCAAGGACCAGUACAUCAGCCGCAGCGACAUGUGGCGGCUCAAGAAUAGCCUGGUUAGAUCGUGCAUCCAUCUCCAGCAGAAGAUAGAAUUCAUGGGUAUUCGGGCGCAGGUCAGUGAACUCUGGGCCCGGGGUGAGAAGGUCAUGUGUGGGGCUGUUACCGAGGACACUCGUGUGGCGUUCCGAUCCUCGACUGCCAUGGUCUACAUGUUUGUACAGAUGAGUUCCGAGAUGUGGGAUUUCGACACGUGUGGUGAUUUGUAUAUUGAGAAGGCUGUUAAUGGAUUCCUGACGGAACUCUUUGGCCAGUGGAAGCGCUGUAACAUCAAUAGCGAACUCACCCUAGUUCUCUUCUCAAGAACCAUCUACGAAGCCAAGUCAAUAAAUGAAUUUCCCGAGAGUAUGCAAGGUGCAUUGCAUAUGGACUCCAUGGGCAGAAUUUACGAGGACUUCUACAGAGUGGUGGUGCAUAACGAACGACGGGAUGACUGGAUGCAGAUGCUGUCAGCACUCAAGCAGAUCAUGUGGGAGUACAACGAAGCUAUAGCAUCCAGUCAUCAAGGAGAUGGGUUGAUUCCAAAGGGCUACAACUCCAAAGCGGCUGAUGGGAACCUGCUGGAAGCCAUGAAUAUGUCACUCAAUGUGUUUGACAAUCACUACAUCAACAGAAAUUUUGACAGGACUGGCCAAGUUGUGGAGAUCGUCACGCCAGGAGCAGGGGUGUUCAAUGUGGACAGAAGGCUGUGCGAUAUCACCAAAUACCGAAUGAUCGAUUAUGGCAUCGGGAGUGAUCUCGUCUGCUUGGCUGAGCAGCCACCCCAUCCUGUUCCACUCCUCUUGUUCAGUGAUGACAUAGCCAGGAAACCUGGUUCCACCCAAACCCAUCACAUCCCAUACUGGCUGAAUUACAGCUUCUAUCUGUCGCCCAGCCAGAGACAUCGUAACUUCUCUUCCUCCCAAUCCCAUUUCACACCCAGGAUCCGACUGCCCACCAGAACUAUCUUCCAUCUGCAGGCCUGGGAUAAAAUAUCUUCUAGUGGCGAGGCCCUCCCCAAGCUGCUCCCCAAAACAGCCUGUGAAAUGCACAGCUUUGGGUCAUGUGACCCCGGCAGCGACACAGAUGAAGAGUGGGAUGAGUCCUCAUGGGAUGACCAGGCCAUCUUCAAGUCACACAACCCCCAAGCCAAGAAGUGCAAUAACCCCUUUGUGCCAUCCUCCCUGACCAUUAAGCUGACGCCGGACAGGAGGAGGUGGACGCACACCUUCCCCCACGGUCCCCGUGGCGACGUGAUUCAGCUUCACCACAAGCACAGUUCCCAGAGUUUGUUAGAAUCCAGCGGUAACAGCAGUAGCGAGCUCAGUUCUUCAUCCAGUACUUCAAGUCUGUACAAUGAGGUCACUGUAGAGGAGACUAUGCCAGACGACUCCCCCAGCAGAAUCCGCAGCCUGAUGGUGAACUUGAAACGGCGAAUCGGCUGUGGAUGGGGCAUCACUGGCGAGCAGGUGUGGACACCUUUCCUACAGACAGGUGUGGACUGGAAGUCCUUGACAGCAACAGCCUGUUUCCCCAUCACCACGGACUUCUACCCCGACAAGAAGACCCUGGAGACAGACUACUUGGAGAGUCCCCACACCCUAGACAUCAUCCCUGAUGACGGGGAAGAGGCCUUCUCGCCGUCUGGUAAAACCAUCCAGAGUGCCUUUGAAGAGCUGGUGUCACAACGACUGAUACAGAAUUACCAGUUGAUAGUCUUGCCACGGUCAGAGAUAGCCAGCCUGGCUCAUAAAGGAAGCAGCAAUCUUCCAUUGGUCACUAACCCAAGCAAGCAUGAGUAUGUUUUGAGCUAUGGUCAGACCUUUCACAAGAUCAGCCUCAAACCAGACAUGAAAAGUGUGGAGAUCGUGAGAUACAAUGCAAGACAACAGAGAACAAGUCCGAAGCUCGGCUACUCCUACCAGCUCUGGGCGAUUCGCAAAUGGAGUUAUGAGGUCGCCCACACCAGGGUCUACCACAAACCUGUGGACAACAAGUGGAAUCAUCGGGACAAUUACAUUUGCCUCGGAGGAGAAGCUACGAGAGAGGGCUUUGACCUUCAAGAAUCCUUAAAGUUCUGGCGGAGUCGGUUCAUUCUUCUUCCCUCGACCUCAUCCCUGGUCCGCAAGCUCUCGGACUCAAACUACCAAGGCCCCCUAGAUGUCUUUGAGGAGAGGAGUGCAUCUCAGAUGUUGACUCUACUGGACGGGUUCCUACGGUUUGUGGAAGGGUUGAACCGUAAGAGGCGGGCCCCCAGCAGACCUCAGAGUCAGAGGCCCUCCAUGGUCGACCAAGCUAACACCCCCCGACGUCUGAUGUCACGGACUGGAGCCACUAGUGGUGACAGUACCCCGACCACCUUACAGCCCAACCCGACGCUGUCCACAGUGACCAUCGCCAGCGCCUUGGCCAGUAUUGGUAUCAUUGGAGGGGCAGGGGCCAAGGGGAAGGAUGAAGGAGGCGGGAUCCCCAGGAGCAGCCCGGGCUCACCAGAGCCGGAGAAGCUGUCGCUCCUAUCCCCCGCGUCACUCGUCACUGCUGUCAUGAGGAGUCCAAUUGAAGGGGUCACCUUGAUGGCCGGCGAUGCCAAGGGCCUACCGGGUGACAGUUUUGUCUCUGCGGAAGCCGUCGCCUGGAUUCGUAAAACUUUGAUUGGCAGUGUCAGCCAUGAUGAGGCCUUGAGUGUGAUGCAGGCUAUCUUGGAGGAGGGAUUUAUCCAUUCAGUCUUCAGUGCUGCCGCUAACAAGACCUUCCUGUAUGGCUACUACAUCUACUGCUUUGUACCGCAGUCGGAAGUCACAAGCCCAGAUGCCAGAAGGCCUUCAGGGGUUCGCGAAGCCCGCCCACCCCUGACCUUUGAACCAACCUCCCGGAACCCCUGGUUUGAGGUGUCCUGCUCAAGCCCAGAAGGAAGGAAUUAUGGGAAGGUACCCCACCGGCCCAUGGAGGAAAGCUCAGGAGGAAAGGAUGAGAUGGCUGUAGAAAAGAACGAGGGAGCUGAUUUGCCUGAAAUUGGGGGAGACAAUGGCAUGAGUACCGGCCCAGAGACAAGCUUCAAGCAGCCCGCCUACAAAUCACUCUUCCUGGAGAUCGACAGCAGCAAGUUAAAGGACCGGGUGGAGUGGUGCCAUGUUGGUUACCAUAGCAACUACAACCCUGUCUCAGCCUUUGAGAUUGAGUUGCAGUGGUUGACCUCCACCCCCAGUCUGCUGCAGGAACUGAUCACCAACUGGGCCCGCCGUGCGGUUACCAGCGGCUUCCACUUGGUACCCACUCAUGUGGACCCUUUUGGCUUUAACGCGGACACCUCGGAUUCCCUGCACAGUCCUCUGUUCAUUGAGCUACGACUUCCUGAAGGCUGCUUGGGUAACAGAGUGACAUUGGAGGAGGGAAGUAAGGCAUCGGAUAAGAUGCGACAGAUUCAGCAGGCUAUCCUUGCAAGGUUUGGUUUCCUCAACAACCAGACGUCAUGCCACAGUCCGUUAGCUAGCAACAUCCAAUCAGAUCACGGUGCUCUGCCCAUUCACUGCCAGUACAUCCAUGUCACUGGAUGCGCAUUUCUCCUCACUACGCCCUUCGCCCACAUGCACUUGCCCACCUUGCGAGCCCAGUGCCUGCCCUGCCUCUGUAAGCUGGGGGCCAGCCACGCAGGCUGCAGUGGGUGGACCACUGACAGCAGAUCACAGGACAGCGGUUCGGCGGGGGCCCAAUCCCCAGUCUCCCAGAUCCGCAGUGGCAGCAAGCUGGGCUUCCUGUAUGUCCACAACUACCUCCUAAGCAAGAAGUGGCGGUCGUCGGCCACAGGCGAUGAGAAGUUCCACGAGGCCCUGCUGGCCGACUUCAGCCGAUUCUGCCAAGGAGAAGACGGGAGGCUGGAGCAACUCUUGCAAACAAUGGAGAGCUUCCAGGAAGAAACACCUGGGAUACCCUGAUCCUUGUUCAAAGGGGAAAUGGUAGGUAAAAACCAUCUGUUUGCAGUUGUAGAAAUGCAGUUGUUCCCAUUUGAUUCAUCUGAAACUCUGUGUGUUUAGUAUUGAGGUUUCUGUGUUGGUGUGGUCUGUUGAAUACUAUUAUGGGUGGGAUUUGUUUUACCAGCAAAAAUUUCCGUAUGGUAGAUUUGAAAGCUAAAUUUCCGAGUUGAUUUUUUAGGAGGAGGUGUAAAUGUGGCAUUCUGCUGCAGCUUUUGGUGGGUAUGUUUGGAUUGCUAAGCAGUUUCUUUCAUUGUGGUAGGAAUUGUUUUUAUUGAUAAGUUUAAUUAAAGCAUUAAGAUUCAUACAAUUGUCAUGCUGUGCUGUCAUAAUUUUGAGUUGAGAUUUUGCUGAGUAAAUAUUAAAACUUGACAGAGUUGUAAUGAGUCACUAAUUUUUGUGACUCAAAGUCGAGUCAUUGUUAUGUAACUUAAGUAGAGACAAGCCAUUAUAACAUAGUCACUUGAGUUGAGUCAUUGUAAUGUAGUGUUAAGUCGAGUCAUUCGGCAAAAGGGUCAAGUCGAGUCAAGUAUUUUGCUCGAGUCAAUUCAAGUAACAAAUAUUUGAACACAACAGUACAAUAAAUAAGAGAGAAAGUAAUUUUUGUCAUUUUCAAAUUUACACUGCAUCUUACUCUUGAUGAUAACUCAUGACAUGAACAUUAUAAACCAGUAGUGGAAAAGUCAUUUCAAAUAAUUUUAUGCAAGUUUAUUUUUUGGACUAGAGUCCUUUUAACUUUCACUUGAGUCAGGGCUUCUAAUGGACUUGAGUCGAGUCGAGUUAUUUACUUGCUGUGACUUGAGGUCAUUUGCCCGUCAGGACUCAAGUCGAGUCACCAAAUAUUGUGAUUUGAGUUGAACCUUGAACAAAUUAGUGGUUCAGAACAUGGUAGGUGAUACCAAUUGAAAUUUAGACUGGCACCUAUUCACUCCAAUACUGGUACCUUUAAUUCACUAUCGAUGCAUAAGACAGUGUCUUCUCUCUGUAACCAAACCAAGAUUUGCCUUGUGUCUCAAGAGUCCAGAGUCCAAGGCUGCACCCAAAUCUGUUGACAAGGGCUAGGUCUAGAUCUUCACCCAUUGGAAAUAUGUGGGCACCCUGCUCACAUAGCCGUAGCUCUGGAGGCCUGUUUCAGACACCGCGCAAGUUAUGCGAGAGCAAUGCAAGACUUAAACAGGGAAAAUUUGCCAGUCUUUCAGGUUUUGUACUUUGUCGAGUAAUUUGACUUUGGAUUCUUUCAUGUGACUUUGUGUGGUGUUUCCUGCAUAUUUGGAAUUGUGUGAAAUACAUGUGAAAUUGUGCUGAUUCGAGGUGUCAAGUCACUGGAUAAUUUAGAAAAAAGCGACAUUAAAAUACACCUGUGUGAUUGAAA